AUGGUUAUGAAAUUUUAUCCAAAAAAGAUAUCAUUUGGAUUGUAUUCUGACGAAGAAAUAGAGAGAGCUAGUUGCAUGGAGGUUGUAGUACCGGUUUCUUUCGAUAGGUUUGGACAUCCUGUUCAAGGGGGAUUGUAUGACUUAAGAAUGGGCCCGAUAGAUUUUUCAUCGAACUGCAAAACUUGCAAUCUAUCGCUCCUAAACUGCCCAGGGCACUUUGGACACAUAAAGCUUCCAAGGCCUGUUUUUAAUCCUAUUCUGUUUGACUCAUUGCUUUCAAUAGUUAAAUGCUGCUGCUUCCAAUGCAAGCACUUUAGAAUAACGAACUAUGAUAGAUUGAUUUUGUUCUGUAAGCUUUCUCUUCUUAGGAACGGAAAGGAAAUCGAUGGGCUGGAUGAUCUAUAUAUGGUUGAGGAAGAGGAGGAGCUGUAUAGGAUUGUCAUUGAGAAGGUAGAGUCGGCAAAGAAAAACAAGUCUGCGUCUCCGGCUGAGAGAUAUCAAGAGGUAGCACACAAAUUUUUCUCUAAUGCAAGCUCCAGAAGAAAGUGUGUGAGGUGUGGGCAUAGUAACCCUCGAAUCACCAGAGGAGCAAACAUGAGAAUACUAAAAGACUUCCGAAGAAACGAAGGAAAGGACCAAGACGAAAACGACUUUGAACUACUCUCACCUGACGUUGUCAAGGAGCUCAUCGAAAAUCUAUUUUUAAAUGAAGGAGAUUUGGUUGAGUCCAUUUUCUCCACAAGAGAGCCUGGAAUCUUCUUCAUCUCCAACGUUCCGGUCGUCCCUAACAGAUUCCGUCCCAUAAGCAUUGUGAAUGGAAAGAAGAUAGAAAACCCUCAAAUUAUUUAUCUCCGUGACAUUAUUAGCAUCAGCAUAUCGAUGACAAAGGAUCUUUCAUACUGGCCUGAGCUUCAGAGCGCUGUUCUUUCAUCUUUCGAUAAUGCGAACAUAAAGAAAUGGAACUAUGCAUCGACAAUACCUCCUGGACACAAGCAGAUCCUUGAAAGAAAGGAGGGGCUGUUCCGCAGAAAUAUAAUGGGAAAGAGGGUUAACUUUGCGGGGCGUACCGUCAUAUCUCCGGAUCCCAAUAUCGAAACAAGAGAAAUAGGCAUUCCCUCCGUGUUUGCUGAGGCUUUAACUUUCCCGGAGAGAGUGACUAGUUUCAACGUAAGUAGGCUUAAGAAGGCUGUUGUGAAUGGCCCUACCUAUCCAGGAAGCCUAUAUCUGCAAGAUGGAGACGUGAUGCUCAGUCUGGAACACAUGGCUGACGAAAAGAGAUAUGCGCUAGCCAAUCAGCUUUUGGAUGGUAAGAAGACUGUCUGGAGACAUCUUGUGGAUGGAGAUGUAGUGCUUGUGAAUAGGCAGCCAACUCUCCAUAGGCCAAGUAUAAUGGCUCACAAAUGUAGAGUGUUGAAAGGGGAAAGAACAAUAAGAAUGCACUAUGCCAACUGUAAGUCCUACAACGCAGACUUCGACGGGGACGAGAUGAAUAUCCAUUUUCCUCAAACGUAUGUGUCUGAGGCUGAGGCAAGACAUAUAGUAAUGAACGACUUCAACUACCUGGCGCCCACCGAUGGAAACCCGAUAAGGGGGCUUACCCAAGACCAUAUUGUUGUUGCAACUAUUUUGACAAUGAAAAACUCAUUUUUUUCAGAAGAGGAUUACUUUACGCUGGUGAAUUCUGGAAUCAACGGAAGACGGGUUGUUUUGGAUAAGCCUUGUAUUCUCAAGCCCGUAAGACUGUAUUCUGGAAAGCAGGUGAUUUCGACGAUAAUAAAGAACCUUGGGCUGUUGGUGGAUGUCGAAAUUCAAACCAAAAUCCCGGCAAAUGCAUGGAAAGAGCAUUCUGAGGAAAGCAAACUAAGGAUUAAACAAGGAAACAUAGUUACAGGGAUCCUGGACAAGAACUCCCUGGGCCCAACCUUCAAGUCUCUUGCUCAUACUUGUGGAGAAGUCAAGGGAUUUGCAGCUUCAAACGACCUAUUAACGUACGUGGGGAGGGUUGCUAAUAGAUAUCUGCAAAUGUAUGGCUUCACAAUAGGAAUAGAUGAUCUCAUUCUUGACAAGGAAGCAGACACGAGGAGAAAAAUGGUUAUAGAGGCUAAAGACAAAGAAGCCCAGAGGCUUCAGAGGAAAUACAUGGAGGCAAAUCCAGACUUUUAUCUCUAUGAAGACAAAAAGGUCUACCUGGAUUCUAUCAUGAGAGCUGAGAUGAAUAAGGUGACCACUUCGAUAGUCGAUGCAUCCGUCCCAUCAGGGUUGAAGAAAAGCUUCCCAAACAACGGAAUGGAGCUGAUCAUUACUGUCGGUGCCAAAGGUUCGAUUGUCAAUCUGAGCCAAAUCUCAGGUGCUUUAGGACAGCAAGAACUGGAAGGUAGGAGGGUUCCAAUAAUGGUAAGUGGAAAGACUUUGCCUUGUUUCAGAGAAUUGGACCCUAGUCCAUCUUCUGGAGGAUAUAUAUAUCAAGGGUUUUUGAAUGGAAUCGAUUUGCCGCAGUACUUCUUUCAUUGUAUGGCAGGGAGAGAAGGGCUUAUUGAUACAGCAAUCAAAACAGCAAAUUCCGGGUAUCUGCAGAGAUGCUUGGUUAAGCACAUGGAGGAGCUAAAAGUAGCGUACGACAUGUCUGCUAGAAUAGGAAGCAAAAUAAUCCAAUUUGUUUAUGGGGAGGAUGGGCUUGACUGCACAAGGUCUAGCUAUCUGAGUGACACGGAAUUUUUCAGGAAAAAUGCAUCUCUUUUCAAGGAAAGGGAGUCUACUGUCUUUAAACUUGGAGCCAACUGCAAGGAUCUCCUGUCGAAAAAGUUUAAAGAGCAGAUAGAGGGGCUUGACGAUGAACUUAAGGGGUUUUUGAUGAGUAGAUACGCCUGUUCUCUUGCAGAUCCUGGAGAGUCUGUAGGAGUCAUAGCUGCGCAAUCGGUGGGUGAGCCCUCCACUCAAAUGACACUCAACACUUUCCAUCUUGCAGGAGUUGGGGCAAAGAAUGUAACACUUGGGGUUCCUAGACUCCGAGAGAUUCUUCUUGCAGCAUCUAGAUCGAUAAAGACGCCUUUAAUCAUGAUUCCAAUUAAGAGGAAAGCAAGCUUCGAUAUAGCCGAGUGUUUAAGAAGGAUAACACUGAAGGACUGCGUCAAGAAAUUUGCAACAACUGAAGAAAUAGUGAUGGUUGAUGGAGUUUAUCAGAAAAAGAUCAAAAUAAUGUUUGAGCUCAACAAUUUUGUGGACCUUGCAAGCGAGGUGCUGGACAAGAAGUUCCUAAAGCUGUUUGGAAAGAAGAUGAAGGUACUAUCCAAGACAAAGUAUAGGCUGGGUGUAUCAGAGGUUUCCAAAGAAAGUUUCAAAGAGGUUGAUGAAAACAAAGAGAACGAGAGUGAAGAUCAGAGUGAAAGCGACAGUGACAAGGAAAGCGUCACAAAAAGCGAUGAUGUAUGUGUAGAUAGCAUUGGUGAUGGGGCCAGCGAAGAAGAUAGUGACAAUAAUACUGUCACAUGCCCGGAAACUGGUGAAGAGACUGAUCAGAUGGAUGACUCAAAUGAUGUUUCCCAGGAGGAGCUUAUGAACUUUACAAGGAAGUCAAGAAAUGUUUUUUCAUUCGAGAUGUUGUAUCCUUCUGGGUUUAAUGAAGUGAUUUCCUCAGUCAUUGAAUCCAUCCUGCCCACAGUUGUGGUGAGAGAAACAAAAGAUGUGAAAAAGGCCUCGAUUUCUGGAAAUACACUCUUCGUAGAGAGUUCUUCCAUUUUUUCCCUAACCGGAAGAGUGGAGACAAGUCCUGGUGUUUAUGAAGACCUUAUGAGCUUUUUAGACAUAUACAAUGCCGAGUCGAACGACAUAUACAACGUAUACCUAACACUUGGGAUUGAAGCAGCAAGGCAUGCCAUUAUCAGCGAAAUAGUGAAAGUUUUCGAUGUUUACGGAAUCACUAUUGACCCUCGCCAUCUCCUUCUUGUGGCUGAUUAUAUGACGAGAAAAGGAACUUAUUCUCCCUUCAGUAGGUAUGGGUUUGGUGCUGAGGACUCCCUCAUCCAAAGAAUGAGCUUUGAGAGCUGCUACUCCAGUUUCAAGACGGCUGCCGCAUUCCAUUUGGAGGAUAGACUGUCCAAUCCUUCGGCCUCCAUAACAGUGGGUAAUCCUGUGGCCUGUGGAACAAGCUGUUUCGAUCUAAUAUACAGUGGAGACUUUUCUAAUAAAGUCUAG